AUGGCCAGCAACUCCACCGCUGCAGUUAGCCAUGGCCAGUGCCUAACCAAGUCCUCGUCAAGAUGCCUCACCCCAAGCUUCACCGCCACGCACAAUUUCGAGGUGACAAGCUACCCGCUGCUCCAGGGCAUCGGCGUUGAAAAGCUCGUCAGCUCGACGGUCUUCAGCGUCGGCGGUUUCAACUGGACGAUCAGCUUCUUCCCGGACGGCGUGAGACAUGGCAGCUUCGGCAACGCUUCGGCGUUCCUGAACUGUCUCAGCCCAGAAAAGGAUGUGAGAGCAAGGUUCACCUUGAACUUGCUGGACAAAAGUGGAACACAGGUCACCAAGUUUGAGGAGAUGGAGUAUAUCUUCACCCCCAAAUGCGUUUAUCGGGGCUAUGCUCAGUUCAUCGGGAAAUCGUGGCUGAAAUCAUGGUCUGACAGCAAUGGGAGCUUCAUUAUACGGUGUGUUCUGACCGUGAUCGGAGAACCCCGCUCUGAGGUCAGGAGGAACCAUGUUCUUGUUCCGGGGCGGAGUCUGCAAGACCAGCUGGAAGACAUGCGUAAGAAGGGAGAAGGAGCAGAUGUGACCUUCAGCGUGUGUGGCCAACUGUUCCAUGCUCACAGAUGCUUGCUGGCUGCAAGAUCUCCGGUUUUCAAGGCGGAACUGUUUGGUCCCAUGAAGGAGAAGGCAACACGAAGCAUCAAGGUGGAGGACAUCGAGCCCCCAAUCUUCGAGGCGCUUCUUCACUUUGUGUACACGGAUUCCUUGCCUGAUGAUGAACAGUCCAAAGAUUGGAACACGGCAAAGCUUCAGCACUUGCUAGUUGCUGCGGAUCGGUAUGGACUUGAUGGGUUAAUGGUGCUUUGUGAAAGCAAGCUCUGUGAGAGCAUUGACGUCGAGACUGUUGCAACAACACUGGUUUUAGCAGAGCAGCACCAUUGCAAGGAUCUCCAAGAAGCUUGUGUUGAGUUCAUGGCUCCACAGAAUGUUCUGCAAGCUGUUAUGGCAACAGAUGGAUUCAAGCAUUUGGUUGCGAGCUGUCCUCUGCUCAUGAAGGACAUAUUGGACAGGAUUUCUCGUACUGACUAG